UUGUUAGUUGACUUGUUGUUGUUGACAAUUUUGAAAAUGAUGUCGUUCAAUUUCUACACAAAUAAAAUAAAACUCAACACACACGAGAAUAUAUAAAUAUGUACAGUACUUAAAUUAAAGCUAACAUACUCUUGUUUAUAUUUUCAAACUUUUCUGUAUUGUUGAAUAUUAAGUAUGAUGUCGAAGGGAAAAAUCGCAACGCUAAUGUGCGACAAAAAGAUAAUGUAUUGUCAUUAUUAACAAGUCUAAUGAACUGAGAAUAAUGUGAUAAUGACUAUUAAAUUCUCGCACUGUUAUCGCGCUAUCAUAGUCUUUGUUACUGAGGGGCCGGCCACGAACGUAAUCAACAAACAACGUCGUAUAUUGAGAUAAAGAUAUAAAAACAGCAUUGAUUUAAUUCCGUCAUCUUUGUCAUCAUGUCUUAUUUAAGGCAGUUAAAUAAAAUAUGCACAUCAUUAAAUCUUCAGUAUUCAGUACGAUUGCAUGCUCAACUACUCAAGGAAGAAAUCUCAAGACAGAAUAUUAACAAGGUUCUUAUUGCAAAUCGAGGAGAGAUAGCAUGCAGAGUAAUACGCACUGCUCGAAAACUUGGCAUCAGAUCUGUUGCAGUCUAUUCUGAUGCCGAUAAACAUGCUAUGCAUGUAGAAAUGGCAGAUGAAGCUUAUCAUAUUGGGCCUGCAGCAUCAUCCCAAAGCUACUUAAAUGCUUCCAAAAUAUUAGAGGUAGCAAAGAAGUCCAACAGCCAAGCCAUACAUCCUGGAUAUGGUUUCCUGUCAGAGAAUGUUGAGUUCUGUGAGAAAUGUGCAAAUGAAGGCGUCAUAUUCAUUGGGCCUCCACCAAAAGCAAUAAGGGAUAUGGGUAUUAAAAGUACAUCAAAAGCAAUAAUGUCAAAUGCUGGAGUGCCAGUAGUGAGAGGAUACCAUGGAGAAGAUCAGAGUAUCGAGAGAUUGCAGGCUGAAGCCCAAAAAGUUGGUUUCCCACUUAUGAUCAAAGCUGUACGAGGGGGUGGUGGAAAGGGUAUGAGAAUAGCUAUGACAGAAACAGAUUUCUUGCCGCAGCUGGAAUCAGCCAAAAGAGAGUCAAUGAAAUCAUUUGGUGAUGACAAUAUGUUAUUGGAACAGUAUAUUACAGAUCCGAGGCACGUGGAAGUACAGGUAUUUGCUGAUAUGCAUGGCAAUGUCGUCCAUCUUUUCGAGAGAGACUGUUCUGUACAACGACGUCACCAGAAGAUUAUAGAAGAAGCGCCUGCUCCUGGUAUAUCAGAGGAAACCCGUCGAGCUAUAGGCGAGGCGGCGGUGCGCGCGGCACGCGCUGUGGGCUAUGUAGGCGCGGGGACUGUUGAGUUCAUCCUGCACAGGGUCACGCACGAGUUCCACUUCAUGGAGAUGAACACCAGGCUGCAAGUCGAGCAUCCCAUCACUGAAAUGAUCACAGGCACGGAUCUAGUGGAAUGGCAGCUGCGCGUGGCCGCCGGAGAGCCGCUGCCCGUGACGCAGCAGGACAUCGUCCGCCGCGGUCACGCAGUGGAAUGCCGGAUAUACGCCGAGGAGCCGGGCGCGGGGUUCCUGCCCCGAGCCGGCACGUUACAUAGACUACGGCAGCCCACGCCUGAAGAUCAUGUUCGGAUUGAAACAGGUGUGCGUGAGGGACAGGAAGUGUCAGUACAUUACGACCCCAUGAUCGCUAAACUGGUGGUGUGGGGAAAAGACCGCCACGAAGCGCUCGCCAAGACCAGAGCUAAGCUCUCAGAAUAUCAAGUGGCAGGGUUAGAAACGAACGUGAACUUUUUGCUACGUUUGUCCGGCGCAUCAGCAUUCGUGUCCGGCGACGUGCACACCGCCUUUAUACCGCAGCACGAGGCGGAGUUGUUCCCGCCAACUGAUCCCGCGGCCGUGGAACAACGCGUCAUACAAGCUGCUUUAGGUUAUGUUUUAAAUUCACAAAAAAACAACUCUGCUAACGACUGUUGGAAGGGAAUAUCAGUUGAAGCGGCAGCGUGGAGACCAAAUUAUCAGCUAAGGAAGACCAUAGCAUUGAAGUAUGACGAAAAUGAUCUGAAAGUCACAAUAGAGUAUGGUAGCCAACCAAAUACAUACAACAUUCAAGUGAACGACGGCGAAUGGCGUCGAGUAGAAGCGACCAUUCGUGAUACAAAACAGGGUUUGAGACUGUCCACACUGAUCGGCGACCGGAGCGGCGAGGUCGGCUUCUUGACGCACGACGACGAAAUACAUGUGUAUGAUGAAAAUGGUCAGACAGUGGUCAGAGUACCUCGUCCGAAGCAUCAGUCGCUGAGCAGCCCCGCGGCCGCCGCCGCCGACACCGCCGCCUCCCCCACCCCCGGCGUCAUGGAGCGGCUGCUGGUCCAAACUGGGGAUAAGGUGGUAAAAGGCCAGCCAUUGUUCAUGGUGAUUGCCAUGAAGAUGGAGUACGUGGUGCGUAGUCCUCGAGACGGCGUCGUGGCCGAGGUGGCUGCCGUCAAACAGGGCGAUUCAGUUGGCAAAGGCGCCGUUAUUGUACGGCUGCAGACUGAUAGUUAAUACUUUUCACUUGAAGUGAAAUAUCAGGCCAAUUGCAAUUUUAAUAUUUUUGUAGACAACAGAUUAAAAUUUGUAAUAGUGUAAAGCCGCUCACGCUCUUGCUAGAUGAUGAAUAGAAAAGGAUGCACAUAUUUAAUUUAAAAGAAAGGCCGUCCUACUUUCUCUCUCUUUUGUAUACGUGCAUCCCUUUUUGUUUUUGCUGCGGCAUUAGCGUGUGUAGAUGACUUAACACGGCCAAAUUAACUUUGAACUCUUCUCGUUCCCAUCUCACCUACUCACGCACGUCCUUGUGUACGGGUAGCAGUGUCGUUACCAAAUAUUGUGAUAUUUUCGUCGCUUUUGCUUGCCGUACAAGAGCGUAGACCACGACACCAGAGUUAAUUUGACCGAGUAGUAGUGUAUUGUAGUUAGUUAAAAGUUAUUGUAGUUAGUUAUGUCCCGGCAUUUAAAUAUGUAAGUUUGAUUUGGGAAAAUUCUAUAGUAGAAGUAUAUAGAGAACAAGUCGUGGCGUCGACCACUGCAUUAGAUAAUCAAUACCAAGGACUAGAUUGAUUGAUACCUCGCGAGUCAAGUUACAUGUAUUGCUAUCUUUUUCAUCUGCAAUCUGACGUCUCUUUCGAAGAGUCAGUAUAGUUUCAAAUUUCAUACUAUGACUUAAAUAUCCGCAUGAUAAUAAUAAUUCAAUUAAUCAUACACACAGCGGUGCGUUAUUUUUAUACCAAAGUGAUUAUCAAGUGACGUAAAUAAAAAUAUAGUAUAUUACACUUACAUUAUGCAAUAUGAUUCGUACCUUUGUGAUUACUGCAUUUAUUCACAAAAAAGGUUAUCGCGAAAGUUUUCAUUUUUUUAAUGAGUAGUCAUCGUUAAAUAACCAGGGUAAUUAUAUUAUCACUAGUCUUAUAACAAGAAUUUAUAUAUGCUGUAUAUAUGUUUGAGAACUAAGCAUUUAACAAUGUUAAAAAUGUUUAAAGUAUAUAUUUUAUUGAAUAAGGUAUAACUUUUUAUGUUACAUAAUUAUUUUUAAUGAAAGCAUGUCGAAUUCUAUAAUAAUAACAUUAAUAUAUUUAAUGGUUGAAUAAUUUGUUAACGAUAUUGUCUCGAUAAAUGAGGUAUUUCUGCCGCCCGUUGCAAAAAUCUUUUUGAUAAAUUUAUAGUUUGUGAUAUAUUUAAAUAUAUUAACGUUCCACAAGAAUUGUAUGAAAUCGACUAUAAGACGUUUCACUUGCUCAUUUAUAUUACAAAAGCGCAUAAUAAGUCAUAUACGUUAUGCAUAUAUUUAAUUGUAAGUAUAUUCCUAUCACAGUAUAUAUGUAAAUAAAUAUAUUUUUGUUAAUAAAAAGUUGGACUCAACAA